AUGGAACCUUUCCCCAUCCGCAACUUAGGUACAUAUGACUGGAAAGAACUUGAGAAUAGAUAUUACAAAGUCAUGGAGCAACACAAAGAAGCAGAAGAUGCCCUCCAGAACCAUAUCUCCAGAAUGCUAGAGGUUAUUUUCAUGGCAUGGUCUCAAACCACUAUUACGCGUGACGAAACAAGAGCCUUGAAAAGAUUCAAGACCCAGAUGCAUUAUGUUCAGCAUUCCGAAGAGAGCUUAGAUAAGAAGAAGCGACAUUAUACCGAUGUUGUCAAGGCAUUUGAGAGUGCUCUCGCAUUGCUGGAUGACCGUCUUUAG